AUGACGUCCCUGUCUCCUACUAAGCUCUCACCAGAGAUGGAUCAUUAUGUUUCUCUUCAAAAGAGUUUGAGUUCCAUUGAACAAAUUGUUCAACUUGGUUUCCUUUCGGCCAUUUUGGCGGUGACUGUGGUCUACAGAAGAGCUUUUGGUGCUCCUGUUUCAGGGUUCAAUGGGGCAGGUAAAUUGAGAUUGGCAUUGGCGGUGACAAUUGUUUUUAUAGCUCUAUUGCAGUCCCUGUCAGACCGACUUUCAAUUGCCACUAAGAUCUCAACGCUUCCGCUUCAUUACAUCGACUGCUUCACAGACGGGUACUCACAGCCUAUUCUUACACUUUUUUGGAUCUACGAGGCAGCCAAAAGCUGGCUUCUUCAGUCAGACUGUGGCUAUCCUUCACAAAUAGUUUUCAUGGUGGAACUAAUUUUGAUAGCACUAGAGACUCUCGUCUGGUUUACACCGAGCGCGACCAAGUCGAAGAAACACUGGUGGACAUACUUAGAGAGCUUCAGAUCUGAUAUCCUCUUGACGAAGAUCAAUCCAAUCAUUCAGGACUGUUACACAUCUGGACGCAUUGAGCCUGAUCAUCUUGUCAAGAUAUAUCAAGAGUUUGAUUCUGCAGAUGCUAGUGAUCGUCUUGAAAGUAACAUAAGUGGAGUUUCAGAUAUCAGAUCAUUUGUUACUUGCCUCCUCUACUCGUUUUAUCCAAACUUGCUCAAGUCUUUGAUUCUAGAAACACUCAAAUACCAACUGUAUUUUCUUAGAGCUUACUUGUUGAAAAGGCUUCUACAGUUCAUUGAGCAGCGGUACCUUGGCAAGGAUGUUGCCUUGAUUGAUGGGGUAAUUCUUUCAUUCUCACUAUGUGUCAAUGAUAUUAUCGGGAAAGGAUUUUCCGCCUACGAAAACUAUAUUGUCCAGAUUUCAGCCAAUGAAAUCUCAACUGCUCUACUGACGAUAUUGUACAAAAAAAGUCAGCGAUUAUCACGAAGCAGUCGUGAAACUUAUGCGAUUGGCAAAAUUUUAAACUACGUCAAAGUCGACGUUCGUGCUAUCACGAUCGGCAUUCGGCUAAGCGGAGACUUUAUAUUGGUGCCAAUUCAGCUUCUCCUUUGUUUGUACUCUCUUUGGCGGCUAGUGGGGUCUUCAAUGCUCGGUGGUUUGUUACUUUUUGGUAUCAUGGUUCCGCUAAAGUCUAAAAUAUUGGAACUCUACAUGGCCAGAUUUAGGCUAUAUCGGAUCCUGAGAGGAAGGUUCACUACUGCAGUCAGUAACCUCUUCUCUUCAAUCAAGCUACUCAAACUUCAAUCGUUGGAAGACAUAAUGGUGAGCAGGCUCUUUCAAACAAGACUUGAAGUUGUUGACCCAGCUGCCCGAUCUAAGGAAGCCUUUAAUUUGCUAUUUGAGCUGUUGUGGCUGAUACAGCCUUUUCUCUUGUCGUUGACAACGUUUGCCUGCUACACCUAUUUUCAAAAUCGACCCUUGCAGGCAGACGUCAUCUAUCCUACCUUGCAUUUGCUUGUCCUUCUCUCGAUUCCAGUUCAGAAGAUUCCUCAGUUGAUAUCUGCCACUGCCAAUGCGAAAGUUUCCCUUGAGAGGGUUGUAGAUUUCUUGAAUUGCAAGGAGCUCAAUCUUGAGGUUGAGUCAAAUAACUCGAGUAACGCGAUAGAGAUCCAAGGCAACUUUUCCUGGGAUUCGACGUCCGGGAAAUGCAUCUUGAAAGAGAUUGAUUUCACUGUGGCAAAAGGUGAAUUUGUUUGCUUGUUCGGUAGAAGCGGAUCCGGCAAAACUGCUCUACUUUCCGCUAUUUCAGGUGGUCUUGAAUCUAUGAGCAACGACAGCAAGGCGGUUGUCAAUGGCUCAAUGGCUAAUGUCGGCCAAACUCCAUGGCUUUUGAACGAGACGAUACGUGAUAAUAUACUCUUUGGGAAGAUCUACGACCAGGGUAUGUAUGAGAAGGUGCUUGACGUUUGUCAACUCACUCCUGAUAUCGAGAGAUUCUCCCUCGGAGACAAAACUAUUGUUGGAGAUAUGGGCUAUACAUUAUCUGGUGGUCAAAAGGCGAGAAUUGCUUUAGCCAGGGCCGUCUACUCUGAGGCAGAUGUUUACUUGAUAGAUGAUGUCCUCAGUGCCGUGGACAACCAUGUCGGUAAAAAGCUAUUUACAGAAGUGUUUUCAGAAAAUGGAGUCCUAGCGGGCAAAACUGUUGUUUUUGCUACGAAUAAUCAGCUAAUUCGAGCUCACGCAGACCGUUCAUACUACAUUGAUAACGGUAAGAUCAUCGAGGAUAGGGCACUGGCGAGUGGGCAUUCGACUACUAAGCACUUGGCUUUACAGGACGGGCCUCCAGUAGGGAACUCCGAAAGCAUCAAGCGUCACCAUGAUCCUUAUAAUCCCUUUCAAUUGCAUGUGGAGAAAUACAAACAACGUCCGGCAAACGAGUCAAGGAAAAUAAGAAGUGAAGUGUACUUGAGGUAUUUCAAAGCCUUCUCUCGAACAAAUUUGAUCAUCAUGGGUGUAUUGUCUACCCUAGCUAUUACUUUUCAGCUAACUACAGAUUUGUGGCUCAAAAAGUGGACUGAGAACGAACAUCAGGAUGGCUUCCAUUACCUUACUGGCUAUGCUAUUAUCGGAUUUGCAAAUGAGUGCAUGAAUUUUGUAAGAGGAUGGUUUUUACUUUGCAAUUUGGGUCUCGAAGGUGCCAACAAAAUAUUCAUUGACAUGACCCUUAGCCUUGUUGGAUCGAAAAUUAGCUUCUUCGAUGUAACACCAAGAGCAAAUGUCCUUCAAAGAUACAUGACCCAUUUAUACAAUAUUGAAACCGCUCUUCCAAAGAAUCUAUAUCAAUUGCUCAAAAACUCAUCCUCAGCUUUAUUGUCGGUCCUUCUGAUCAUUUAUCAGUCUCCCUCUACCAUACCCAUCUUAGUCAUUGUUGCCUCGGGGUUUUGCUACUACAACUGGGUAUACAUUGGUGCUGAAAGAGAGCUUAAGAGUUUUGGUAUUAUCACCAAAACCCCAUUUUUUACACUUUUACAAGAAACACUAGACGGAGCAGAGACUAUAAGGACCUUCCGUCAAACGGAAAGAUUCACCAGAAGAAGUAUUUUGGAUUGCAACUUUGAGGUUGGGUCUUCCCUCUUGAACCUCUAUGUGUCAGAAUGGCUCGAUUUGCGGUUGAACUUGAUUACAUCAGCUCUUACCUUUCUCACGUCGCUAUUCUUUGUUUUUAGGAGUGGACAAGGCAACAUAUCAGGCGGAACUGUGGGCUCAAAUUUGGGUUAUGCAUCGACAAUUUCGGUGUCCUUUAAGCAGAUAGUUGGUGCUUUUUCUAAAUUGGAAGGACAUUUCACGGCGGUUGAAAGAUGUUUCGAGUACACGGAUUUGGAACAGGAGGAAGACAGUGACCAACUGGACGUCGAUUAUACUUGGAGGCCAAAAGGAAAAAUUCAAUUUGAGAAUUAUUCCGGGGCCUAUAUUGGAACAGCAGAGCUGGCUCUUCGAGGAGUUUCCUUUUCCGCCAAUGAAGGUGAGAAGUUGGGGGUUAUUGGGAGAACUGGAGCAGGCAAGAGUUCACUCAUUCUUGCGUUAUUCAGAAUGUUACCUUCAACUGGAGGCAGAAUUACAAUUGACGGUACUGACAUCAGCAAAAUCAAGCUAACAACUUUGAGGAAAGGACUCAGUGUUAUCUCGCAAGACACCUAUAUUCUUCCAGGUUCAAUCAGAUUCAAUCUCGACCCAUUUGAUGAGUACCUGGAUCAUGAUCUUUGGGACGCAUUGAAAGAUGUGCAUCUCCUUGAUACUAUUAAGGAGCUUCCUCAAGGAUUGCAAUACGAAGUUAGUGAAAACGGCUCUAAGUUCUCUGUUGGAGAGAAACAGCUUUUCUGCUUGGCAAGAGCGCUCUUGAAGAAAUCGGAUAUACUCAUUUUGGAUGAAGCUACGGCCUCCGUUGAUUUCGAAACGGAUAAAGUCAUCCAGGCAGUGGUGAGGAAGAAAGCAAAGGACAGAACUGUGAUAACCAUUGCUCACCGAAUCGACACAAUUUUGGAUUCGGAUAAAAUCUUGGGUCUUGAUAAUGGAAGAGUUGUUGAGUUUGAUACUCCGCAAUCUUUAUUGGCGGAUCCAAAAAAGUUUGCUAGGAUGGUGCUUUUGUGGAAGAAGAACCCAGGACCCUCGGGCGAGGAGUCCAGCUUCGAGUACACAGACAGCGACUCCUCAGACGACAACAGACCUUUGAAAGCGAAGAGGAAGCUGCCUCCUAUCUCACCUGACAUGGACAACGGUCACAAGAGUCCGCUGACAUCGCCAGAAAUAUACCAGAGCAGCCAGAUGGACCACUCUGAGGCCGGGAAAAGGCUGGCUCGUUACGCCACAGACCCUAUAAUUGUAAACUGGUCUGAGCUUUUGCAGAAACGAGCCGCAAAUGUCUUUGAUCCAGACUUUGGAAGAGUCGAGUUUCAAGGAUUCGAAGGCACCAGCGCCAUGAGAAAAGCGCAGCUACAUGCAUUUGACCACAGCACGGAACCUGCUGAUGGGACUAAGGAGGACAUACAGGGGGAUAUUGAUCCCGUAGAGGCCGAGGCAAGGAUGGUCAGGCAGCAGGAGCUCCAGCGGCAGAACAACGAGCUCAACCGCCGCCGUAGCCUUGAACGGCACCAGGAGCGUAAAGCUAAGAAAAAGAACCAAAGCACGAGUCCAGAGAUGGAGGAGGCUCUCAAGGAAAUACGCCACGCUGAGCGUCGGCAUCGCAAGCUUGAGAGAAGAAAAAAGAAGGAGGCAGCCAGAGAACGCCAAACUCAGGAGCAGUGGUACAUUGAAGAGCAGGAGUUUCUCAAGCUGGAACGUGAGAAGGAAGCUGCCAGGGAAGCUGCUCGCGAGGCAUCCAGGGAAGAGAAGCGUUUGCGUAAAGAAGCAAAGCGGGCUGAAAAAGAAAAGCGUCGUCAGGAACGAGAGCGAGAGCGUGAGGAGGAGCGUGAACGGGAACGGGAACGGGAACGUGAACGUGAGAAGGAACGCGAGAAAAAGAGAAGAGAGGAGGAAAAAGCCAGAGAGCGCAGGGAGCGUCAACGGCAGAGAGAGGAGGCUGAAAGAGAAAGAGUUCGCCAGGAGGAAGAGGCAGAGCGUGAGCGUGUCCGGCAAGAAGAAGAGGCCGAGAGAAGGCGUCAAGAGGAGGAAGCCGAGCGUACUCGUCGGGAAGAAAGACGUGAGCGUCGUCGGGAACGUCGCAACAGAAGCAGAGGCCGUGAACUUGACGAGAAUAGUCCCGAGGCUCAGGAAAGAAAUCGUCGUCGUCGUGAGGCCAGAGAAGAAAGGGCUCGCCAGCGUGAAGAAAGGGCAACUGAACGAGCAAUCAGGCAAGUUCAGGCUGCCGAAAGAGCAGCAGAGAGAAGAGCAGAACGGCGCCGGCGCCGUGCUCUUGAUGCUCAGGCCACGGCAGCCAUGGGACCGCCUCCUAGAGACGAAUACAGCACCAUCGACGAAGACAUUCCUCCAUACCGUGAGCGCCUACACAAGUACCUUGAUUUGGUGGCCUACGACGAGCGUUUUGCACCUAUUCUUCGUGUGAACCGAUACUUGGUUUGCGGCGACGAUGAGUUGAUUGCAGCGAUCAACAAAUUUUCGAGCCUGAACCUCUUGCCAAAAAAGACAGAUCUUUGGAACAUCUCUCAUGUGGACGACACGGAGUACGAAAACAUGAUCCCGGUACUUAUACCGGAGAACUCCUACUACGAAAAUGAAAUCUUGGGCCUCGUGACCCCAGACACCCGGAGCCUAGUGAGCUAG